AGCUUUACAAAACCCAGCAAUCUUAGUACUAUUAAACUCGAGAUACAGUAACCAGUAAUCAAACUCGAUCUCUGCACAUAUUUCUUCUCUUUCUCGCUAAAUCCGAAGAUAAUGAAGUUUGAUACUAGUGGUCUCGAAUCCACUGCCUCGGUCUUUGGAACGGCCGGUAGGGAGUUUGUUGAUGGGUUUUCUGCUGCUGCUGCUCCAGCUUUUGAGCUACCCACGACUAAGGAUUUUGAUGGCUUCCAGAAGGAAGCUGUACAGAUGGUGAAGCCAGCUAAGGGGACAACUACGCUGGCCUUUAUCUUUAAGGAGGGUGUCAUUGUUGCAGCUGAUUCUCGUGCUAGCAUGGGGGGCUAUAUUUCAUCACAGUCAGUAAAAAAAAUCAUUGAAAUCAAUCCCUACAUGCUUGGUACAAUGGCUGGGGGGGGUGCUGAUUGCCAGUUUUGGCAUAGAAAUCUGGGCAUUAAGUGCCGACUACAUGAAUUGGCAAACAAGCGUAGAAUUUCAGUUACAGGGGCAUCAAAGCUUCUGGCAAACAUUCUGUUCUCUUACCGUGGAAUGGGCUUGUCUGUUGGGACAAUGAUUGCUGGUUGGGAUGAAACGGGUCCUGGACUAUAUUAUGUGGACAGUGAAGGUGGAAGGCUGAAAGGAACAAGAUUCUCUGUCGGAUCUGGUUCUCCAUAUGCAUAUGGUGUACUGGAUAGUGGGUACCGAUUUGAUAUGUCAAUUGAAGAAGCUGCAGAGUUAGGUAGAAGAGCUAUUUAUCAUGCAACGUUCCGUGAUGGGGCCAGUGGUGGAGUUGCAAGCGUUUAUUAUGUGGGAGCAAAUGGAUGGACGAAACUAUCUGGCGAUGAUGUCUCAGAGCUCCACUACAAAUACUAUCCAGUUGUGUCAGCUGAAGCUUCAGAGCCGGACCAGAUGGUUGAAGCAUGAAGUAGGAAAUUGCUUACAUUUUCGUACUCCAGAAAAGAACAAGGGACCGGUCGGAGUGAAAAUCAACAUCCGACAUGCUAUUGCUGUAUGGGCUAUCACUAUAAUACCUGCCUUCACUUGACAUGCAAUGCAGAUGUGUAAAUUAUGUUGUAUUUAUUCUCAAAAUCAAGCUCCAUCACUCGAUUUCUUGAAACAAGUCACAAGAAAACAAAUAAUAGGAGCUGGAAAGAGCAUCUGUCUUUCUCUUUAUUAGCUUCGAAGCAUGCUUUCAUGAUUGAGUGGGAUAUAAUCAUUCAGCUCUUUCUCGUAAAAGAAUUGUAAAAUAAUACUAAUAAUGCCUUUACUGGAAG